AUGUUAAUUAUCUGGCAACAAGCUUACUUUUCAAAAAGCACGUUUAAAAAAACUAAACGGUAAAUACUAAUAAAAAGUAUAAACAGAAGAAGUAUUUCUGAAGCAUUAAGAAUUCGAGAUUAAAUGGAUUUUUCAAAAAAUAAGUACGAAGAUAUUCGAAUUUCCGUGCCUUGGGGACAUAUUUCUGGUCGUUGGUAUGGCAACAGAAAUCGACGUCCAAUAUUAGCACUGCAUGGUUGGAUGGAUAACUUAGGUACUUGGGAUUUAUUAAUACCACAUUUACCGAAACACAUUGGUAUUCUUGCCAUUGACUUUCCUGGACAUGGACAAUCAUCGCACUAUCCUCAGGGAAUGCAAUAUCAUGUGAUAGAAUAUGUUACUGUUGUUAUGCAUAUUAUAAAAAAAUAUAAUUGGAAAAAAGUUUCAUUAAUGGGACAUUCAAUGGGCUGUGUUGUAAUAUACAUAUAUACGGCAUUAUAUCCAUCAACUGUGGAUUUAAUAGUUAACUUUGACGUAGUGAAACAGGCUUUUCGGAAAGCUGAUAGUGAAAUUAAACGUCUUCAAGGUAGUUUAAUACAGCGGUCAAAUGAUAUAACUGAAUUGGAAAAUAAAAGCGAACCAAAAUCUUAUGAGUAUAAAACUUUAGAAUACAUAAUUCAUAAAGGAUCUGGUUAUUCCGUGGAUGUUAAUAAUUCCAAAUAUCUUCUAUGUCGAAGCAUAAUCGAAUCACAAAUAUCUCCAAAAAAAUAUUAUUUUUCCAAAGAUAAGAGGUUAAAGUAUUAUGAACCUUUUACGGCUACCUAUGAACUAACACUGGAGUUGAAUAAAAGAAUUAAAAAUAUUCCAUAUUUCUUGGUUAGAGGUUUGAAAUCUUUGUUUCUUAAUGAAGACUCCAGUGAAGUUUUAAAAAUACUACGCAAAAAUAAUCCACACUUUGAAUAUUACGAAAUUGAUGGAACCCAUCAUUUACACAUGAAUAAUGCGGAAGAAGUGUGUAAGCACCUUAAUCCAUUUCUGAGUCGUCACUACUCCGCCGAGUUUAAUUCUUGUUUGAUUGAUGCUAAUAACAAUAUAAACGCAAAAAGUAAAUUAUAAUUUGAUUUGUUAUGUAAAUAUGUAAAUUUU